AUGGGCCAUUAUUCAAAGGGAUCUGAAAAACCACCCUUAAAGGGAGACCGCCUUCGUCUGUACAGCAUGCGAUUCUGUCCCUUUGCUCAGGUACUGUACUCACGCACUGUAGCACUCUGAACAAUCCGACUUUCGCUUGCAGUAAUAGGCGUGCCAAGUCAUGCUACUGCCGUGCUUUGCUGUCGUGCUAUACUAAGGAAAUAUACUAAGGGCGAAUGUACAUUAAUUUGAUCAACUGAGUAAGGAUGUAGCACGACGUUUGAAACGGGCCUUGGCCGUUCAGGGAUUCUAUUUUCGCCACCCAGAAAUCAACUAGGCGAGUAAAGAGUUCUAACAGUUUUUCAAACUAAGCCAUCUAAUCUUCAUUUGCAAACCUUUAUUUAAAGUUCAUCCCGGUACGUCUCUGAUCGCACCCUGCCUUUAUAUUAUUUUUCUUGAAACAUCCUGCACUACCCACCCUAUAAUGACCCCAAGCGGGAUCAGAAGUAAGUUUCUCUUUGUAAUAUCAGUGCUUUAUAAAACAGAGUGGUUAUGAGAAUUAGAAAUUAUAAUUAAGUAUACUUGGAAAUUUUUUAAUAAAGGUUGAAUAAAGUUAGGGACGUGAUCACACAAAAUGAAUUCAAUUGAUACUUUUAACUUCUCCCCAAUAUAUGAGGACAAGAAACAAGAAAUUAUACUUAGCUAUCAGGGAUUAUAGGGUUAAAGGGACAGGUUCAAGGUUAAGCACAUGUUCAUUAAUUGAGUUACUUUUUUCCAAAUUAUUAUUUAUUCUAUCGGUUAAUAAUCCCACUCACAUGUAUCUCAGCGAUCUCAGAGUGUAAUUCAAAGUAGAACUGUAUUUCAGGGUUACCCGAAGUAGAAUGGAGGAGUACUAAAAUCACAGGAAAAAUUAGUGGAUUAUGCCUGCACUACCAACGUUGAAUUUAUUGUUGACUUGAAGUUUUUACUCCAUGGUUGAUUAAUUUACAGCUAUUUGCAAAUAUUUAAGUUGAUCAAGUGCAAGUGAGUGCUAGAGGAGUGUGCAGAUUGGUUCUUUGACAAUAUUAUGACAUGAUCAUAUUGCUUGCAUAGAUGAUACAGCAUGACCUGGCAGAAAAACAACAUUUUGAUAAAUGAGCAUGCGCUGAACCGUGAACCUGUCCCUUGAUGUAAUCUCCUGAUGAGUUCAUCAUAUAAUCUAUCUACAGAGAGCCCGUCUCGUUUUAGCUGCUAAAGGCAUCAAUUAUGAGUGCGUGAACAUCAACUUAAAGGACAAACCCGAUUGGUUCUUUGAGUUA